CCAACCACAACGCUGACCAAAGGGGAACCUCAUGGCGGUCCAUCCACGCCUUGCGCGUGCCACGCGGCGGGCGCUGCCUGCGGCGGUGGGCUUGGGGGCGCUGUGGGCGGCAGAUGAGUACUGCUGGCAUCAGGUGCUGCAACGCUCGGCGCGAACAGUGCACACAGGGCUCUACCUGCUGUGGCAGUACAAGGUGAACUGGACCCCCGAGACUUGCGACGAAGUCCACGGCCGCGUGGCCAAACGCUUGGUGGCCUGCCUGCGCACCAACGAGGGCCUCUACGUGAAAUUCGGGCAGGCCAUGUCCACCAUGGACGUCAUCCUGCCAGAUGAGUACAAGGAAGAGCUCAAGACCCUUCACGAUCAGGCCGCCACCUUCGACUUCCCUCAGGUGCGGCGUGUGGUGGAGGCGGAGUUGGGCCGUCCACUGGAGGAGGUCUUCAGCGACUUCGAGGAGCAGCCCGUGGCCUCGGCCAGUAUUGCCCAGGUCCACCGCGCCACUCUGCAUGAGGCGGGGCAGGCGAUCCCUGUGGCGGUGAAAGUGCAGAAGCCCAACAUCCCGGCGCAGAACGGCUGGGACCUGACGCUUUACAAAGUGGUCCUGCUUGUCAUGGAGCAGGCCUUUGACCUACCCAUGGUGUGGACCUAUGACUACACCCGGCAGCAGCUGGAAGACGAGCUGGACUUCCGAGUGGAGGCGAUGCAUUGCGCAAAGGCCCAGGCGGAGUUGGACGCUUCCCGCUUCAAGGGGAAAGUGGUUGUGCCCAAAGUGAGGGAGCAGGUCUCGGGUCAGCGGGUGCUGGUCAUGGACUGGGUGGACUCGGUGGGCGCGGUCAGCGACAAGGCGCAGCUCUUGCGUCACCAUCUCCCCGCGGAGGAGGUGAUGCGCACGGCCACGGAGGUCUUCGGAUACCAAAUCUUCAGUACCGGGCACGUGCACUGCGACCCCCACCCCGGGAAUCUGCUGGUGAAGCUGUGCCCGCCCGGCUCCCCGCGCAGGUGGCAGCUGGUACUUCUGGACCAUGGCCUCUACUGCGAAUUGAGCCCCAAGCUCCGUAGGGAGUAUGCGGACUUCUGGGUGGCCGCAGCCCUGGGGGACACGGAGGCCACCGUGGAGAUCUGCCGUGGCUGGGGCAUCAAGGAUCAGGACGCCGCGGAGUUCUUCGCCUCGGUGUCCCAGUUCCGGCGCGUGCGCCUGGGCCGCGGCAGGCUCCAGGCGCUGGCGGCGCUCUACGGCCAGCCACCGGGCUCCACAGACCUUGUACGGCAGAUGCCGCGGAAGAGGCCCACCGCCAAGCAGCUGGCAGAGGCACAGAUGAAGCUCAAGGCUCGUGCCAAGAAGGUCUUGGGCGAUACGGCCGCCUUCCCAAGAGAGCUCCUCUUUGUGGGCCGCAGUCUCAACAUGAUCCGCUCCGCCAACUUUGCCCUCGGCAGCGCGGUGAAUCGCGUGGCCAUCCUCGCGGAGUGCGCGGCGGAAGGUUCGAGCAACGGCGGCGCCCUUGCGUCGCGACGCUUGGCCAAGCUGAACUUCCACCUUCGUGUGCAGUGCUUGCUGGCGGUCCAUCACCUCUCGCAGCUCAGCGAGUUCCUGGGAUGGCGGCAGGUGCUGUUUGCCAUGGGCCUCGCUCCGCUGGUGCUGGCCUUGCCCUUCGCAUGGGGCCAAGGCAAAGACCGUGGACUUUGACGGGCCCCACGCGGGUGGAUCGGCGAAGGUCAAUGGCCACCUUUGCAGGAUGAGGCAUGGCACAAAACGUGUGCGUUUUCUAGUGCGCCGAGUUGCUGGCCACGGGUGAGAGCACAAAGCCUGCAGAAGCAUCAGCGAUUUGGUCGAUGCUGAGCGCCAACGUCGCGCGGA